GGUCUCUGCUCUAAUGCGGCGGCUGGCGGCGAGAGGCGCUGCAGGCGACGCGGGCGGAGUGACGGCGCCGGCCGCGGACCGCUCGGAUUGCGCCCGGAGCCCGAGUCCUCGGAGGUUGAUUGACUUAUAUGCACUGGGGGAUCCUGGAGUUUCCCUUUCCUCUUCAGACCGGUGCACAGGCUCUGCUGGUGUGGCCAGGAGGAGGCUGAAUGAGGCAGAGAAGCUGAGUUCUGUCCAGGAGGCCCAGCUAGAGCAGCUCAAGGCUGCCAGAGCCCGAGGACUGGGGCACAAGGAGCGGGGCCUGGUGCUGAGGAUGGCCAGGCUACAGCCGCCCUGGGUCCACACAGCCUUCCUCCUCUGCAUCUUUGGACUUGUCGGGGCCAUCGAGAUUCCCAUGGAUCUGACCCAGCCCCCAACCAUCACCAAGCAGUCAGUGAAGGACCAUAUCGUGGACCCCCGGGACAACAUCUUGAUCGAGUGUGAAGCCAAGGGCAACCCCGCCCCCAGCUUCCACUGGACUCGCAACAGCAGGUUCUUCAACAUCGCCAAGGACCCCCGCGUGUCCAUGAGGCGGCGGUCAGGCACCCUGGUGAUUGACUUCCGCAGCGGGGGGCGGCCGGAGGAGUACGAGGGGGAGUACCAGUGCUUCGCCCGCAACAAAUUUGGCACAGCCCUGUCUAACAGAAUCCGCCUACAGGUGUCCAAAUCUCCCCUGUGGCCCAAGGAAAACCUGGACCCCGUGGUGGUUCAAGAAGGUGCGCCCUUGACCCUGCAGUGCAACCCGCCACCCGGACUUCCAUCCCCAGUCAUCUUCUGGAUGAGCAGCUCCAUGGAACCCAUCACCCAAGAUAAGCGUGUGUCCCAGGGCCACAACGGAGACCUGUAUUUCUCCAAUGUGAUGCUGCAGGACAUGCAAACUGACUACAGCUGCAAUGCCCGCUUCCACUUCACCCACACCAUCCAGCAAAAGAACCCCUUCACCCUCAAGGUCCUCACCACCCGAGGAGUUGCGGAGAGGACACCCAGCUUCAUGUACCCACAGGGCACCUCGAGCAGCCAGAUGGUGCUGCGUGGCAUGGACCUGCUGCUGGAGUGCAUCGCCUCAGGGGUCCCCACACCAGACAUCGCCUGGUACAAGAAAGGUGGGGACCUGCCCUCUGACAAGGCCAAGUUGGAGAACUUUAAUAAGGCACUGCGCAUCACCAAUGUCUCCGAGGAAGACUCCGGGGAGUAUUUCUGCCUGGCCUCCAACAAGAUGGGCAGCAUUCGGCACACAAUCUCGGUGAGAGUAAAGGCUGCUCCCUACUGGCUGGAUGAACCCCAGAACCUGGUGCUGGCUCCUGGCGAAGAUGGAAGGCUGGUGUGUCGAGCCAACGGGAACCCCAAGCCCACCGUCCAGUGGAUGGUGAACGGGGAGCCCCUACAGUCGGCCCCGCCCAACCCAAACCGCGAGGUGGCUGGUGACACCAUCAUCUUUCGGGACACCCAGAUCAACAGCCGGGCUGUGUACCAGUGUAACACUUCCAAUGAGCAUGGCUACCUGCUGGCCAAUGCCUUCGUCAGCGUGCUGGAUGUGCCACCCAGGAUGCUGUCGCCUCGGAACCAACUCAUCAGAGUGAUCCUCUACAAUCGCACCCGGCUGGACUGCCCAUUCUUUGGAUCGCCCAUCCCCACACUGCGAUGGUUUAAGAAUGGGCAAGGAAGCAACCUGGAUGGUGGCAACUACCAUGUGUACGAGAACGGCAGCCUAGAGAUCAAGAUGAUCCGCAAGGAGGACCAGGGCAUCUACACUUGUGUCGCCACCAACAUCCUGGGCAAAGCUGAGAACCAGGUCCGCCUGGAGGUCAAAGACCCUACCAGGAUCUACCGGAUGCCUGAAGACCAGGUGGCCAAGAAAGGCACCACGGUGCAGCUGGAGUGCCGUGUGAAGCACGACCCCUCCCUGAAACUCACUGUGUCCUGGCUGAAGGACGAGGAGCCCCUGUACAUCGGAAACAGGAUGAAGAAGGAAGAGGACUCGCUGACCAUCUUCGGUGUGGCCGAACGGGACCAGGGCAGCUACACGUGUAUGGCCAGCACUGAGCUGGACCAGGACCUGGCCAAGGCCUACCUCACCGUGCUGGCUGACCAGGCCACUCCAACUAACCGUUUGGCUGCCCUACCCAAAGGACGGCCGGACCGGCCCCGAGACCUGGAGCUCACCGACCUGGCCGAGAGGAGCGUGAGACUGACUUGGAUCCCGGGGGAUGACAACAACAGCCCCAUCACAGACUAUGUCGUCCAGUUUGAAGAGGACCAGUUCCAGCCGGGUGUCUGGCAUGACCACUCCAAGUUUCCCGGCAGCGUCAACUCGGCCGUCCUCCAGCUGUCCCCGUACGUCAACUACCAGUUCCGGGUCAUUGCCAUCAAUGAGGUUGGCAGCAGCCACCCCAGCCUUCCGUCCGAGCGCUACCGGACCAGUGGGGCACCCCCUGAGUCCAAUCCUGGUGACGUGAAGGGAGAGGGCACGAGGAAGAACAACAUGGAGAUUACUUGGACGCCCAUGAAUGCCACCUCCGCCUUUGGCCCCAACCUGCGCUACAUUGUCAAGUGGCGGCGGAGAGAGACUCGAGAUGCCUGGAACAAUGUCACAGUGUGGGGUUCACGCUACGUGGUGGGGCAGACACCGGUCUACGUGCCCUAUGAGAUCCGAGUCCAGGCCGAAAAUGACUUUGGGAAGGCCCCCGAGCCAGAGACUGUCAUCGGCUACUCCGGAGAGGACUAUCCGCGGGCUGCACCCACCGACGUUAAGGUGCGAGUCAUGAACAGCACAGCCAUCAGCCUGCAGUGGAACCGCGUCUACUCCGACACGGUCCAGGGCCAGCUAAGAGAGUACCGAGCCUACUACUGGAGGGAGAGCAGCUUGCUGAAGAACCUGUGGGUGUCUCAGAAGAGACAGCAGGCCAGCUUCCCGGGGGACCGCCCCCGGGGCGUGGUGGCCCAGCUCUUCCCCUACAGCAACUACAAGCUGGAGAUGGUUGUGGUCAAUGGCAGAGGCGAUGGGCCUCGCAGUGAGACCAAGGAGUUCACCACCCCGGAGGGAGUUCCCAGUGCCCCCAGGCGUUUCCGAGUCCGGCAGCCCAACCUGGAGACAAUCCACCUGGAAUGGGAUCACCCGGAGCACCCCAACGGCAUCCUGGUUGGAUACACACUCAGAUACGUGCCCUUUAAUGGAACCAAACUAGGGAAACAGAUGGUAGAGAACUUCUCUCCAAAUCAGACCAAGUUCACAGUGCAGAGGGCGGAUCCCGUGUCUCGCUACCGCUUCACGCUCAGUGCCCGGACGCAGGUGGGCUCUGGGGAAGCAGUCACAGAGGAGUCACCUGCACCUCCGAAUGAAGCUACUCCCACUGCAGCUCCUCCCACAUGGCCCCCGACCACCGUGGGCGCCACGGGCGCCGUGAGCAGUACUGAUGCUACUGCCCUUGUCGCCACCACUGAAGCCACGGCAGCUCCUACCAUCCCAACUGCCGCACCUACCACCACUGUUGCCACAACUACUACAAGCACCACCGCUGCUACCACCACCACCACCACGGAGAGUCCUCCGGCCACCACCAUGAGGACUAAGAUACAGGAAUCCGCCCCUGAUGAGCAGUCCAUAUGGAACGUCACAGUGCUCCCCAACAGUAAAUGGGCCAACAUCACCUGGAAGCACAAUUUCGGGCCUGGAACUGACUUUGUGGUUGAGUACAUUGACAGCAACCAUACGAAAAAAACUGUCCCUGUUAAGGCCCAGGCCCAGCCCAUACAGCUCACAGACCUCUAUCCCGGCAUGACGUACACGUUGCGGGUUUAUUCCCGGGACAACGAGGGCGUCAGCAGUACCAUCAUCACCUUUAUGACCAGUACAGCUUACACCAACAACCAGGCAGACAUCGCCACGCAGGGCUGGUUCAUCGGACUCAUGUGUGCCAUCGCCCUCCUGGUGCUGAUCCUGCUCAUCGUCUGCUUCAUCAAGAGGAGUCGUGGUGGCAAGUACCCAGUGCGAGAGAAGAAGGAUGUUCCUCUUGGCCCCGAGGACCCCAAAGAAGAGGAUGGUUCCUUCGACUACAGUGAUGAGGACAACAAGCCCCUGCAGGGCAGCCAGACGUCCCUGGACGGCACCAUCAAGCAGCAGGAGAGCGACGACAGCCUGGUGGACUACGGCGAGGGUGGGGAGGGCCAGUUCAACGAGGACGGCUCCUUCAUCGGCCAGUACACAGUCAAAAAGGACAAGGAUGAGACAGAGGGCAACGAAAGCUCGGAGGCCACAUCCCCUGUCAAUGCCAUCUAUUCUCUGGCCUAGCGGAGCCCGCCCAGGGCACAGCCACUCACUACUUUGCAAGAGGGAAGAGGGGAGAGAGGGAGAUGAAGCCGCUGCAGACCCUACUACACAGCCACCAUCACCUUCUGGGACAAGGGUACAGCAUGGGAGGGUUCCUGGGGAACCACCCAGCUACCCACAUGCUCCCUCCCAAUAACCCCCUAUAUCCCCAGGUACCGCCAGUGUGGAAGAGCUCAAACCAUGACUAAACUGGCUGGAGAGGGAACCCUGGGCCCUUUGCCCUUGUCAUAGCCACCCUGGACAUCCCCCCUGGACCCCACUUCACAUUGCCCUCCUUUGACCCCAGCUCCGGCACUUACCGACUCUGUUGGCUGCGGUACUUCUCACUAUGUUGAUUUGGGCUUUGUGUGUCUUCUUCCCUUCGGACCACCUGGAGUCUGCAUUUCCUUUUCCUAUUUGAAGAGGUGUCCCUGAGAGAGAGGGACUAGGUGGCUCCUCCUACCAGAGCUGGUGGAGAGGACAGACAGGAGCCCCAGUAUUCAUGCUGCCCCCAGACCAGCCUGGUGACGGCCCAAGGAUGC